UCUGUUUUCAAAUUUUUUUCUUUUAACUUUCGGAAUCUUUCAGAGUUCUCUUUUUGCUCUGCUUCAAUCUCAGAAAUAUUCUUUGGAAUUGUCCUUUUAAAAAAAUUUAUUUAAUUUUAAUGAAAUUUACUCGAUAGAUUUCGAAGGAAGCCAUAUUUGAAUAAGUCGGUGACUCGAAGCGGCCUCAGAGUUGAGUCUCAGAUAAAAUUAAUUUUCAUUAUACCAACAGAAGAUUGGGAGGAAAAGGCUAGAACACAGCUCAGGCAUACGGACACGAGGUUGACCGGCAAAGACCAGUAAUCACCGAGCCGAACCCGGUGUUUAGGCGAAUCAAAUGACGGCGAGCGAAACGAUUGGUGGCGAUGAAGGGAUGGCUUCAUCGCCGAGAAGUAGGGUGAAGUUUCUAUGCAGCUAUGGCGGGAAAAUAUUGCCGAGGCCAGGCGACGCCAACCUCAAGUACGUUGGAGGAGAGACUCGUGUGGUGGCGGUCCCUCGGGAUAUCAAAUUUACAGAAUUAAUGAAGAAGCUAAACAGUAUGGUUGACGGGGACAUGAUUUUGAGAUACCAGGUUAUCCCUGAGGAACUUGAUGCCUUGGUAACUGUGAAAUCCGAUGAGGAUCUGAAACACAUGGUUGAUGAGUACGAUCGUCUUGAAGGUGAAGGGACUCCAAAACUACGUGCUUUCUUGUUUCCCUCGAGUCCAGUCGUGGUUGAGAACCAAAUGAACCCUGUUGAUCCUUAUAUAGAAGCCGUCAAUGGCAUAACUCGUCCAAGUUCAAAUAAUAGUAGUGGUAGGCUCACCCCUGUCAAUGGAAACCGCCCCAACUUCAGCGUCUCUGCUUGCUCUUCCCCGGCUUCUCCUGAUGAUGGCAGAAUUAUGGAUAAUUCUUUGCAUCUGGAGCCACCAUUGUUGAAUAAUGGAUACCGUCAUAACAGACCCACCUUAGCUAAAGUCCAGAGUUCUCCUAGCCUUUACAGCCUUAGCACCCUCCAUCCCCAAAGCAACAACAACAACCAUAGCAAUUGCCAAGUUUACCAGCCACAUAAUUUUUACCACCAAAAUCACCAGCAGCUACAGCUUUACAGCGUUCAAUUUCCAAAACCACCCCUAGAAUUUCGGGCUGAGAAGCCACCAGGGCCACACGACUUUGGGAGGGGCCCUAUGGGGCACGGUCAUGUUCCAAUAAACCAUGUCUACUCCAUAGGCAGACAAAAUGUGGGGAAUGGAUACGGCAGGUGUGAUUGCUGCUGCGAUGAGUGCUUGGCUUAUGCAAGUGGAGGGCUUAUUAGGAGAAGUAGCCUUCCCACGAGUGGAAGGCUUGAUAAGCCAGACAGUCCCGGGAACCGUAUGUGGGAAUAAAGCAAUGGCAUCGAAAUCGAAUACUAUACUUUUCAUCUGACUGAAGAAGUGAAAGAUGGGUAUAUAAUUUUUUUUUUCUUUUCUUUUGGUUGGAUUGGUGAAAUUUUUUCUUUACUGGUGUUGAUUUUCCUUUUCCUUUUACCCUGACUUGAUUUUUUUUUUUUUAAUUUUUGUUAAUGUACAUUGCCAUGUUGAAUUAUUAAACAACAUUUAUGGAUAUUAUAUUGCGAAGAUGUUAUGUAAACAUAUUUACAGAAAUGACGAAG